UCUUCCUCUACUCUAAUUCAGUGUGGCAGUGUCCGGUACUUCAUCUCCCCCAAUUGAGUGUCAAAGUCUCCCUCUCCUUCAUUGAUUCUCCGAAAUCCUGAUCGGCCUCACAACGAUAUCCGAUUAUUGAAGAGUCCUCAGCCUACAAAAGUUGCAAGCGGAGUCGUACAGUUGUGAACUUUUUGGGUGAGAAUCAGCAACUUGAGUAUACUCUAUCAAUGAAAUUCACAUGGAGAAUCGAGAAUUUUUCGACAUUAAAAAGCAAGAAACUUUAUUCCAAAAUAUUCACUGUUGGUGGUUAUAAAUGACUCACAACAUCAGUUCGAAGCAAGAGAGAGUGACUGGGGUUUCACAUCAUUUAUGCCUCUAAGUGAUCUUUCCAACCCUAAAAGAGGCUAUAUUGUGAAUGAUACGGUCAUUAUUGAAGCUGAGGUAGUGCCUGGUACAGUUCCUGCCACCCCAGUGGCAUCAGAAGACGGAGCAGGCCUCAAGAAAUCUGCCAAGAAGCCAGCUGCUAGCAAAAAGGUCUCCCCUUUAACCAGUCCCCUGAUAGAAACAGCUUCACAAACUGAGACUGGGCAACAAAUAGAGGAUGAAGAAGAAGAAUACAAGCAAGAAGCCACGCUGGAAGAAAAAGAAGACAAAAAAGAAGAGCCCGAAGAAGAAGCUACUGAUUCUACUCCCUCCAAUAGGAGCUCUCUUCCUCCACAACCAAAGGAUUCCAUUGGUGAAUCAACAUCUAUUGCAACUGAGACCCAGCUUACUCCCGAAAAGACUUUGAAUCAUGAGGUGGGAGUCCUGGAUGAAGACUUUGAGAAAGAAAUCUUUGCGAGGCUGGAGCUUCUGACAGAUCUCCGGACGAAAGAAGAACCUGUCACCCCUGGCAAAGGAAAAGCAACAAUGGAGACGGAGACCAUAGAUUGGAUUGAAAUACCAACUCAGGAAGAAAUAAAUCGAGCAACCUCUAUCAUCCAAAGCUUGAUAAAAUGUAAUCCCUCUGAAAUCUGCCAGGAGCUAGAUCAAAAAGAGAUACUAGAUGCAGCCCAAACACUUAGCCAGGUUCCAAGUCUCCCCGCAUCUCAUCGCCAGUUCUGGACAGAUUUCCCUUCUAUCCUUGAAGACUUCAGUCAGCGAUUCAACAAUAAGCAAAAAAUAGUGACAGAAGCAAUGGCAGCUCAAAAGAAGAUUGAAGACGGAACUACUACCUUAAUCCACAAAAAGGAGGAAUACCUGAAGACCAAGGCUGAGCAUGCUCUCCAAUCCAAAGAAUACCAGGACCUCCUGAGUGAACUGAGCCAGAUUGAGGCUCGUCUAGCUGAGUUAAGGAACCUCAUUCCAGAAAAGAAGAGCACUGUGGACGUCCUCACAAGCACCAGGUCAAAAUUGCUGGAAGAGUUAGAUGUUGAAGGAAAACAAAUAAUGGCAGAAAAGAAACAAGCAGGUGACGUGGCAGAAGCAGCAAAGCUAGCCGCUGAAGAUGUACAACAAAUGAAGAAGGUAUGGGAGAGCUGGAAGGACCUCCUCCCCUAAAAUAAUCCCUUUCAUGUCUUUGGCCAUGUGGUAUCUGAACAAUAUCUUCUAGGAUAUCAACUUCUAUUUUCAUAAGUGAUGUUACAUCUGAUAUUACUAUCAUGCAUGCUUGAAAUUUAGCUGCCAUUUCUUUUCAACUUUUUCUUCUUUUUUUUUUUUUUUUUGUGAAACAACGGUUGAGGGCAGGGUUAUGGCCAUACAAAAUACAAUAGCUGUAUUUGG